GAUUAAAUCGGAACACCCCUACCCCUGCAGAACUGAAUAUGAAUUCAAUAUCAAUAAUCUCAGAUUGUAGUUUGUUUUGAUGUUUUGUAUUGCUCUUUUUAAUAGAAAUAAAAUUUUAAUUAUGUUAUCUAAAGUGUAUAAUUAAAAACUAACCGUUUAUCUUGCUAUGAAUUAAAUAGUAAACUAACUACAUUUGAGAAUCUGAAAAUGAGCAAAUUAAGUAUACGUCUUGUGUUGGGUUGUACUUUUGUCAUAACUGCCCUGUUAACAACCAUUAUUCUUGUUCUUUAUCAUGUGUUAACAGGUAAAGGCGAAAGAAUAAGCAUUGGAUGGUUUCUUGCAAAUACUUCACCUCAUAUGUGGUGUUGUUUAGGCAUUGGUUUAUCAGUUUCCCUGUCAAUAGUUGGAGCUGCAGUGGGCAUUCACACUACUGGAGUGAGUAUUGUUGGAGGUGGUGUUAAAGCACCAAGAAUAAAAACGAAGAACUUAGUUUCUGUAAUAUUUUGUGAAGCUGUAGCUAUAUAUGGAUUGAUUACAGCAAUUGUAUUGUCUGGCUAUAUGGAAGAAUUUACUUGGAGUUUGGUUAUCAAUGACCCUUUUCUGUACUCCAAUAAUUGGUUUGGAGGAUAUCUAAUGUUUGGUUCAGGACUUUCUGUUGGAUUGGUCAAUCUAUUUUGUGGUAUGGCCGUUGGGAUAGUUGGGUCAGGAGCGGCAUUGGCGGAUGCUGCGGAUUCAUCAUUAUUUAUGAGAAUACUAGUAAUAGAAAUUUUUGGAAGUGCUAUUGGUUUAUUUGGUUUGAUUGUAGGAAUCUAUAUGGUUUCUAAAGUUCAGAUGGGAGACAAAAUUCAUUAAAUAAUUUAAUAAAUAGAAGUAAAUAUGCGUAGAUUACAAUUUACUUAUUGGUAUAUUUGUUUUUUGGCAUCUUGUUGUCUUUGAAGGGUAAUAUUGAUUUUCAAAUUGUUUUGCAACAGUAAAUAUUUAUAAUUAUUCUAUAUUUAGAAUGAUUAUUGUUAUUGUUAUAACUAUUUUUAAAGACAUUACUGUGAUUCUUAUCAAAUUGCUGUCUAGAUUGAUUGAGACUUUGAUUCAAAAUGGGAGAUUAUAAUUAGUAAAAAACUCAGUUACUUUAUGCAGCAAGCUGCAUGUUUUAAGUUGAAUGUUUUGUAAAAAUACUUCCUCUGAUUCAUUUACACGUAUAUGGAAAGGAAGGGCGAUUAUAUUAAUUUAAAUAAAUCAGAUUUAUUCAUGACAUUUUAGUAUUAAGUUUCUCAUUUUAUGUUUAUAUAAUACAUGAAAAGAAACUUUUUUGUUUGAAGAUAACUAUAGAAUUUUAUGUUAAAUAUAUAUUGACACUGUAUAGAGAAAAAGACAAAAUCUUUAUGAACAUACAAAAAAUAUAAACUCCCACCACAAGUUCUCCCAGUAUCUACCAACCAUACUUCAAAAUGUAUUAAAAUAUUAACAAAAAUAUGCAAAAUAAUUUCAUAACCACAAGUAACUCUAGUGAGAUAAUAUUAUUUUGAAACGUUAGUUGAGGAUUGAUCUAAAAGUAACUCAGGCAACACUGAAAUACAAGAGAAAAAAUUGAAAAUUUUCAAAAAGCCUACAAUUUAUAAAAAUAUAUGCAGUUAAAAUGAAAAAAUAUCUUUGUAAUCAAUCCUUUGCAAACAAGUUUUAAAAAUUUUAUUUAAUAGAUGAAAACAACAGGUUGUAAAUUCUAUUUUUAUUACUCUAAUUAUUAAAAUACUUGGAACGUAUGUAUGUUGUAAAUUCAGAAAAGAUUGGUAUGACUUAAUCGAAUUAGAUGAAAAGGAUGUAACUGAUAAACCCACUUAAAAUGAUUUUAAUAGCCCCUCUUUAACUGCUACAAUGAUAUUUUGAAGUUUAUACAGAUGAAACGCAUAUUGAAACUACAGAAUUUGUAUAAAAAUCUAUUUUAUAAAAAAGUUGUAAUUGAUCUAAGCCACAAAUAAGUAGAGAUUGAACAAAACCAUUGAGUAAUAACAUACCUACAAUAACAUAUGUAAAUAAUUGGUUAAGAGAGCAUGAAACUAAAGUUGAGACGAUUGAAAUGAAAAGUUUGAGAAUAAUAGUGGGACAAAUGAAAUAGGGCAUAAGGAAAACACACAUCAAUAAACAACAAGUCAAUGGAUGUGGGGAGGAAUGACAAGGAUAAUAAUAGAGGUAGACGCAACCAAGAAUAACUCAAACCAAGAUGAAAAUUGAUUGUGAAGAUAGAAAAAAUCAAGUGAAACCUGUGUGGUAUUUGUCAAGUACAGAAAA